AUGGCCCUUUUCUACUACGCUUCACAUCCUCCCACUGAUGUUUUCGUUCCUAAGGAGCACACCAGAGAGGAAUUAGAUGCUUUAUUAGUAGCCCCAGAUAAAAGAGACUCUUGCGCUAAUAACUUUGCUGAAUUCAAGAAAUGCAUAUUAGUGCAACAUCAAACUAAAAGAAUCACUCAGUGGAAACAUGCUGACUAAGAAUAUUGCGGAUACUACUUUGAUCAUUGGAACUACUGCAGACAGUUGAAAUUCACUGAGCUUGGUCUUAUUUCAACAACGACCCAAGUAUGA